UCCUGUGUUUCCUUCUCCAUUCUCCUGUCUUGCAGCUGCAGUCAUCCUUAAAUUUCUCUCUGGACUGUCAAUCCAUUUGCAUGAAAAAUGUCAACAGCUGGAAAGGUCAUCAAGUGCAAGGCAGCAGUAGCCUGGGAAUACAACCAGCCUCUGGUCAUCGAAGAGGUUGAGGUGGACCCUCCUCAGGCCAAUGAGGUUCGCAUAAAGAUUGUGGCUACAGGACUGUGCCACUCCGACUUGUACUACCUGUGUGAGAGUAUGAACAAAGAUGGCUUCCCAGUGAUCUUCGGCCAUGAGGGAGCUGGCAUAGUGGAAAGUGUCGGCUCUGGUGUUACUGAAUUUCAGCCAGGGGACAAGGUUAUCCCUUUGUGCCUUCCCCAGUGUCGGGAAUGUCGCUUCUGCAAGAGUCCUAAAAGCAACCUGUGUGAACAAUGGACUCCUGGUGAACAAAUGGAGAUGUCGUUUGAAAACUCCAGGAUUACCUGUAAGGGAAAGAAGGUGCUGCAGUUUGUAAGAACCAGUACCUUCUGUCAGUACACAGUGGUGAACGAAAAUGCUGUUGCUAAGAUCGACCCUGCUGCGCCGCUGGACAAAGUCUGUCUCUUUGGUUGUGGGAUCAGCACAGGGUUUGGUGCAGCAGUUAAUACCGCCAAGGUUGAACCAGGUUCCACAUGCGCCGUGUUUGGUCUGGGAGGGGUGGGUUUGGCUGCAGUCAUGGGCUGCAAGUUUGCAGGAGCAAAGAGGAUUAUAGCUGUGGACAUCAAUCCAGAGAAGUCUGAAAAAGCCAAAGUGUUUGGUGCAACUGACUUUGUGAACCCCAAGGAUCACAAAAAACCCAUCAGCCAAGUUCUGGCAGAGAUGACCAAUGGAGGAGUGGACUACUCCCUGGAAUGUGUUGGGAAUGUGGCAGUCAUGCGCAGUGCCUUGGAGUCUUGUGUGAAAGGUUGGGGUGUCAGUGUGAUUGUUGGCUGGACAGAUUUGCAUGACUUUGCUGCCAGACCCAUUCAGCUCAUUGCUGGACGUACAUGGAAGGGUUCCAUGCUUGGGGGGUUUAAGAGUAAGGAUGGUGUUCCUGAGUUGGUUAAAGCUUAUCUGGACAAGAAGGUGAAGCUGGAUGAGUUCAUCACUCACAACAUGACCCUGGACCAAAUCAAUGAUGCCAUUGAGCUGAUGAAGCAUGGCCAAUGCAUUCGUGUGGUUAUGAGCGUUGCUCCACAGUAAAAUCAGUGUUGCAUUCAGUGAUGUCUAAACUCUCCAUCGAUGAUGCAACAAGACCCUUCAGAUUCUGAACAAAAUGGUUUUUAACUUUUCUGGAAGAAUCACCUAAACAAUGUGGUUAUGAAAUCAGUGUGUAAGUGCAUGUGCAGAAAAAGUGAGAGGGUGAAGUAUAAAAUAGCACUUCCUGAGUGAUUUGACUCUGCUUAGAUCUCGUAGCAAUUGUUUCUGUUUCUGCUUCUCUAAAUAUAUUUGUGGGGAAUUGCUGAUGUAAUCUUUUUGCUUUUAAAUAAAAUUAUUGAAAUUG